AUGUUAAGUCCAAUGGAGAAAGUCUCUGUAGCAAACAACACCUUCAAGAAGCCUUCUUGGAAGAGAAUCUCGAUAAUCUCUUUCAAAAUUGGAAGCAAUCCAGAGUGGUGGAUUCCAAUACCACGACGCAGAAGCGGCAAAAUGUGUUUGAUCUGCGGAAGCUCUUUAUCGUCGUCGGACAGAAUGCUGAUAGCGUUAUUGAAAAUCUUGGUAAGCAUCUCGCGCUCUUCGUCAGUAUUGAAAUCCAGCUUGGACAUCUUCAUAGCCAAGUUUUCACAAUCACGCUUACUGAACGAGAAAACAAUCACAGGGUUGUACUUUUUGAUCCAAAUCAUCUUGACGAUCUUGUAA